AUGCAGCAAAUCUAUUGGGGGUUUCCUUCUUUCCUGCUGCAGCAAACUCACAAACCACAAACAGCAGCAGGUGUAGGAGGUCUGCAUCGCCAAGCAGCAGCAGCAGCAGCAACAGCAGCAACAGCAGCAGCUACAAGAUGCGCUAGCAGCAGCAGCAGCAGCAGCAGGGGGAUCGCCCCUGCUGUGUCGCUGCAGCAGCAGCAGCAGCAGCAGCAGCAGCAGCUAGCUGUGCACCUGCGAUGGAGGCGACCAACAGCAGCAGCCGCAGCAGCAGCAGCAGCAUUAGUAGCACCGCUAGGAUCAGCAGCAGCAUUCACAGCAGCACUAUCACCACCACCACCACCACCACCACCACCAACAGCAGCAGCAGGAGCAGCAGCAGCAGCAGCAGCAGCAGCAGGAGGCUCACAGCAGCAAGCUGUUGUUGCUGCUGCGCUGCAGCACGUCCUGCUGCUGCGGCAGUCUCAGAAAGCAGCAGCAGCAAAUGCAGCAGCAACAGCAGCAGCAGCAGCUACUGGAACAGCAGCACCUGCAGCAGCAACAGCAGCAGCUGCUGCAGCACUAUGGGAGAUAGACAAAAAGCUAUACUCCCUGCUGCAGCAGCAGCAGCAACCGCUGCAGCAGCAGCAGCAGCAGCAGCAGCAGCAGCAGCAGCAGCAACUAACUGCACCCGAAGCUGCAAGACAAGAGCUCCUAAGGCCCAUCCUUAAGUCCUGGCAAGCAGCAGCAGCAGCAGCAGCAGCAGCAGCAGCAGCAGCAGCAGCAGCAACAGCAACACCAGCAGCAGCAGCAACAACAGCAGCAGCAGGAGAUCCAGAGGCACAAGGAGCAGCAACACCACCAGCAGCAGCAGCAACACCAGCAGCAGCAGCAGCAGCAGCAGCAACACCAGCAGCAGCAGCAACACCAGCAGCAGCAGCAGCAGCAGCAGCAGCAAGUGUAUCUUGUUUUCUGUCUCCUCAGCAGCUGCAGCGGCUUCGGGUGUAUGCGGAGGUGGGGCGUUUGCUGCUGCUGCUGGUAGCAGCAAAAGGGCAGCAGUUUGGGGUGUAUGCGCAGCUAGCAGCACUGAAGGAGAUGCAGAUAAGAGGAGAGUUGCUGCUGCUGCUGCAGCAGCAACACCACCUGAUGCAGCAGCAGCAGCAGCAGCAGCAGCAGCAGAUGCUGCAGCAGCAGAGCUCAGGAGGAGAAAGAACGACAGCAGCAGCAGCAGCAGCAGCAGCAGCAGGAGUAGCAGCAGCAGAACCCCCCGAAUCAAUCGCAGCAGCAGCAGCAGCAUCAACUGCAGCAGCAGCAGCAGCAACAGCAACAGCAGCAGCAGCAGCAGCAGCAGAAUCUCUUCUUCGUAUUGAUCCUUAUCUUGCUGCUAGGCUGCUGCAGCAGCUGCAGCAGAAGAGCAGCAAAUGCAGCAGCAACAUUAUUAGCCGUUGUGUGCAUGCAGCAACAGACCCUGUGCUGCUGCAUCUCGUUUCUGCUGCUGCUGCUGCUCCUGCUGCUGCUGCUGCUGCUCGUGCUGCUGCUGCUCCUGCUGCUGCUGCUCCUGCUGCUGCUGCUAGUGCUGCUGCUGCUGCUGCUGCUGCUGCUGCUGCUUCGGGAGCAGACUUAUCAUAUGCAGCAGCAGAUGAAGAAGCAGCAGCAGCAGUAGGAGCAGCAGCAAGAGAAGCAGCAGCAGCAGCACGUGCAUGCGUUCUAUCAGCAGCAAAAACAUUAUUAUUAAGUAUAGAAGGAAGAAAGCAGCAGCAGCAGUAG